GCGGGGGACGCAGYGGGAGCUAUGAUCGCGGYCGGGAGCACUCCCGGGAUCAACGCGCUGAUUGRCACCAAGAACCACGAAGAUCGUUAUCACAAGACAGGGAACCUUACGCGAGGGAACCCCWGCGUCGAGCCCCRCSAGUGUGUUUUGAAUGUGGACAACCGGGACACUAUCGCAACUAGUGUCCCCGGCUAGUUGGGGAAGGCAGUUCACGCUAUGGCGACCAUCGAUGGGGGCGAUCGACUUCGGCUACCCUGAACCGGGCAAGUGAGAAGCGAUCGUCAUCGGAAGAGCCAACCAUGAGGAAGCAGAUUGAAGAACUCACUACCUCACUUGCGGCCAUGCAGGAGCAGGUGGCGGCUGAGAACGCUCGGCGUGAAGAGAGGGAGAAACGUAAGAAGGAAAAAGUCGGGAAGAAAAGGAGGGAGGAGGAGGAGAAUCAGAAAAUUGAGGAAGAAAAAUGUGAAGCGGAGCGUAGGAAGAAGAAGAAGGAGAUGAAGAUUCAGAAGGAAGAUGAGGACAAGGAGAAGAUGAGGAAAGAGAUGAUGAUGCAUAUGUCGUUGCAUGUUGAAGGUCUGGAAGAGAGACUGCAACACAGGCUGGCGAACGUGUUGAAGAACGCGAAGAAGAAGGGGAAAGCGAAAGUACAAGAGUCCGAGGAUUCAAAUGAUUCGUGCGCGUCUUAUGAUUCCGACGAAAGUGAGGUGGAGGCUCUGAGCAAUAAGACUGAAGAGUUGACGAUAAACGAGAAGCGAAAACGAAGCGAGGAGAAGCAGAUUGGCGAUAGCCCGCCUAUGGAGACUCCGAAGAAACGGCAUGCUAAGCAAGAACCAGCGCGAAUGUCGGAGAGACUCCAGCUGAGUUGCCGGCACCCACCCAUGAAGAUCUCACCGAAACGAAAGACGCCACGACGCGGAACACGUGCGGGACGAAAGAUUCCAACAACGAUUGGAUCUAUUGAAAAACUCAAGUACGUGACCGAGAACGUACGGGACCUGGCUGACCUCACAGUGGACGAAUUGAAACAGAUCUGCAAGACCGAGGACGUGCAAUGGGAAGGAAAGAAGAUGCAAAGUAUCCUAGCUAUUGCCGAUAAACGAACGCAAGUGGCAUAUGGAUCGCAUGACGAAGAGGACGUAGAGUAUAUCGCGGAUGACACAGGCACUAAGGAAAUUGCCGAGGCAAGCCGAGAUGCGGAAGAGGAAGCGUGAUGGAACUCCGAACUGGGAUGUCCAGGAGUUAUGGGCAAUAUGCCGCUGUCUAAUUGAC